UCUACAGUGCAUGGCCUGGCGGCGGCGCCCCCGCCCGCGGGCAUGCGGGCCGUCGCGUGCCGCGCCGCAGGCUGGCGCGGACGGCGCCUCAGGCACGCCGGAGCCGCCUGCGCGCUGGCGCGCGUGCGGCCUGCGGCGUCGCCUGCGCUCGGUGGACCCUGUGUCAGAUGGGCGUCAGUGUCGCGCCCAGAGUUCGAACACGACGACGACGUCGCGCAGACAACAUACUUGCGUCGUCCAGGGGACGGCGGCUUCGCCCGCCGGAACUUCGUCGGGGACACCAGGGGGAGGGACUUCCACAAGGUGUACAAGCUUACUGGGAAACAGAAAGAUGGCGGCAUGGCUGCUAUCCGAGGAGCCCUGCACCGGCAGACGGGCGUGCCGGUGGCCGUCAAGCUCGUGGCGAAGAGCCGCGUCCAGGACGCGAAGGCCAUGUUGCGGGAGAUCGAAUUCCUGAAGGUCACCGAUCAUCCCAACAUCGUCCGUCUCCACGAGACAUUCGAGGACGCAGAGAACAUGUAUUUGGUGAUGGAGUAUUGCAUGGGCGACACCCUCGGAGAUAGAAUCCUGAGCAGGCACAGAGACGGCACCGGCUUCACAGAGGAGGAGGUGGUGUUCUUCGCGCGGGAGCUCCUGCGCGCCGUGGCCUACUGCCACACGCAGUCCAUCGUGCACCGGGA